AUGGCGGCGGCGGAGCCCGCGGUGGCCGCGCUGGCUGGCUGUGGUGUGGGCUCGGGGGCGCCGUCGGGCGGCGUGCCGGUGCUCUUCUGCUUCUCGGUGUUCGCGCGGCCCGCGUCGGUGCCCCACGGUGCGGGCUACGAUGUGCUCAUCCAGAAGUUCCUGAGCCUGUACGGCGACCAGCUGGACAUGCACCGCAAAUUCGUGGUGCAGCUCUUCGCCGAGGAGUGGGGCCAGUACGUGGACCUGCCCAAGGGCUUCGCGGUGAGCGAGCGCUGCAAGCUGCGCCUAGUGCCGCUGCAGAUCCAGCUUACGACCCUGGGAAACCUCACACCUCAGAGCACUGUGUUUUUCUGCUGUGACAUGCAGGAAAGGUUCCGACCAGCCAUCAAGUAUUUUGGAGACAUCAUUAGUGUGGGGCAGAGAUUGUUGCAAGGAGCUCGGAUCUUAGGAAUUCCAGUUAUCAUAACAGAACAGUACCCCAAAGGCCUUGGCAGCACCGUUCAAGAAAUUGACUUAACGGGGGUGAAGCUGGUUCUUCCGAAGACAAAGUUUUCUAUGGUGUUACCAGAAGUCGAAGCCGCAUUAGCGGAGAUUCCUGGCGUCCGGAGUGUGGUGUUGUUUGGGGUAGAAACACAUGUAUGUAUCCAGCAAACUGCCCUGGAGCUGGUCGGCCGAGGCGUUGAAGUACACAUCGUUGCUGACGCCACCUCUUCAAGGAGCAUGAUGGACAGGAUGUUUGCUCUCGAGCGUCUUGCUCGAACCGGGAUCAUUGUGACCACCAGUGAGGCCGUUCUCCUCCAGCUGGUGGCUGACAAGGACCAUCCGAAAUUUAAGGAAAUUCAGAACCUAAUUAAGGCCAGCGCUCCAGAGUCUGGUCUGCUUUCCAAAGUAUAGGCUACUUGAAGGAUCGGGAUCCGCCCCCCUCCAGGUGAUGGGACUGCAAGCCAGACAAGCUCACAUCUCUACUAGAAGUAACAGCAGCUCCCCCAUUGCAGCUCUUAGUAACACUUAACCAGCUAGACCACUGGGUACAAACAAGUGUUUUAGUAACAGCGUCAAGGCCUCAGGUGCUGCUUCUCUUCUUUGUUUCCUAAUGGGCUUUUAUUUACUAAGACGAAUUACCAUGGAGGUGCCUGUUUUGUCUACACUGUACACUCUGACCAUGUCUUUCCAAAGUGCACUCCCUCUGGU